AUGGACGCCAUGAACAUCAAAGACAUCAUCAUCAACACUGCCCUGGCCAACCCCGCGGCCACUGCAGGCACUUUCGUCGCUUUGGUCGGUGCGGCUUUAGCUGUAGGCGUCAUGGUCCGCCGCGGAGAACCAGUUGCAAGUACUGCUCCGGUUGCGGGUGCCGCGAAUCCAAAUACCGCAGGUACAGUUGCUGUAGUUCCAGGUACCGCAGCAGGUCCAACUCCCUCAGUCAUAAUCACCAUAGCCCCCAGACACAUCCCCAACCCCAUCAACACCGCCACCGCCAACGCCAAUGCCCGCGCCGGCCCAGUGCAAAUCACUCCCGAAGACCAGGUCGUGAACGACGCACCAGAAAGCUUGGGCAGCAGGGCUCCAGACGGCACACAUCGCGAUAUUGCCGACCGUAUGGCGGAGCAGCGGGAGAUUGAUGCGCAGCGCAGGACUGAGGAGCGCGAGCGUGUGCGUGAGCAGAGAGAGAGGGACGAUCCUGAGACGCUUCCGACGAUACCGCAGGGGGUGACGCAAGUGAUGGGAAGGCAGCAUGAUGAUAAUGGAUAUAGCUUGGAGGAUGAGCUGUUGGCGAGCGUUGAGAAGGGAGCAGAGGGGACGGAAAUGGACGUAGAGGUAUACAUGGACGUGGACGAUGAAGAGGUGGGAGCGAGGGCUGAGAUGAACGAGGAGACAGAUGGCCGAAUGACUGUGUUUGGGCCGCUACUGAAGCAAGAGGGAGAGGGUCGGGAUGGUGUAAAGAGGAUCGAGGAUGUCAAGAAGAUGCGCUAA